AUGCGGCCUGGGCGCGGGGUCCAGACGCCGUGGCUGGUUGUUUCGGGGCCGACGACUGUGCGGAAGGGGAACGAGGAGCACCAGUUUGCGGCUGUGUUUGAGAAUGCGUCGCAGGCCGACGUGUACGAGCAAUGCGUGGCGCCGCUGGUCGGCGAGGUCAAAGCCGGCCACAACGCUGCGUUUUUCACGCUAGGAGCCACGGGGUCGGGCAAAACAUACACAGUGCAAGGCACGAGAAACGAGCGAGGGGUCGUGUACCGAGCGCUUGAGGCAUUGCUUAAAAUCGGGCCGGUCACCCUGGCCAUGACGGAAAUCUAUAACGAUCGUCUCUACGACCUGCUGGACGCUUCUAAUCGUAGGCCGCUGCCGCUGCGGGCGAAUGGCGAAAUUGACGCUCUAAAAGUGCCGGUUUUGACUGUCACGGCCGCUGAAGACGUGCUGGCACGAGGGUAUGGGGCACGAGCGGUGCAGGCAACAAACAUGAACCACGCCUCCAGCAGAUCGCAUUGCUUCAUUAUCUUACAAACAGGCGGUGCUACGCUCACAAUUGCCGAUUUGGCGGGAAGCGAGCGGGUCAAUGAAGCCGGAUCCGUCGGCGCUCAGCGCGUCGAGGCCGGUGAAAUCAACAAGAGCCUCAUGAUGCUCGGCCACGGCCUUCAACAGCUCCAGCAGGGUAGCUCCCCCAUGCGGGGAUCGAAAUUGACGCAGAUACUGCUUGGCGGCGUUCGUCAUGGCGUCAAAACCAGUAUGCUUGUCACAAUCGACCCCACCGCCAACGCCAAAUCAGGCAUGCAGAUCCUGCGGUACGCCAGCACGGCCCGCCAACUGCGAGCGCCUCCACCGGAACCAGUCCAAUCCACUGACAGCAUUACCCGGCGGAUUUACGCCGAAACCGACCGCCGGCUGGCCGAAGCGAUCGCAGACGUAUGGAAAUAG